GACCUGAAGAGAGUCUGUGGGGGCUCUGCUAUGGAUCAGUGUGAGGACAGAGAGGAGGAAGCCCCCCCCUCUAAAAGCUCUGGGGAACAUGACAGCCAGACCAAAGCUCAGAGCCAAGAGCAAACAACACAUUCUGCUGGACCUGGACCUGGACCUGGACAGGGAUCUGAAGAAGGACUUGGACAUGUAUCUGAACUGGAAACCUGGUCCUGAACCUGGUCCUGAACUUGAACCUGGUCCUGAACCGGAACCUGGUCCUGAACCGGAACCUGGUCCUGAACCUGUGUCCAGUAACCAGCUUACUGCCGGAGACCAGAACCAGGGAGAAAAGAUGGAGACACCUAGAGAAGUCCUAUUAAAAACUUUAGAAGAUUUGGAGGAAAAGGACUUAAAAAAAUUCAAGUGGUGCCUGGAGGGGGAGGUCCUAAAAUUCCCAGGAAUCCCAAAGAGUCGACUACAGAAAGCAGCAGACCGGAUGGACACAGUGGAUCUGAUGCUUCCGUACUACGGCAUACACACCAUUAAAGUGACCAGAGAAGUUUUGAAGAUGAUCCCGAGGAAUGAUCUAGAAGAGGAAUUAUCAAAAUUCCCAUCAGACCCUGAAGAUAUUCUCACUAAGUGCCAAGGUGAACUCAAAUCAAACCUGAAGGAAACAUUUGAAAAUAUCACAUUUAUGGAAAAAUCUGAAUCCCUACAUAAAAUCUACACGGAGAUCUACAUCACCAGGGGACACACCACAGAGGUCAACAAGGAACAUGAGAUCAGACAGAUCGAACAAGCAUCCAGUAAACCAGACAGAUCAGAAACACCCAUCAGACAAGAAGACCUCUUUAAAGGCUCAACUGAAAGAGGUAAACCAAUCAGAGCAGUGAUGACAAAGGGCGUGGCUGGCAUUGGGAAAACAGUCUUAACACAGAAGUUCACUCUGGACUGGGCUGAAGGCAAAGCCCACCAGGACAUCCAGUUCAUAUUUCCAUUCACCUUCAGAGAGCUGAAUGUGGAGAGUGAUGAAAAGUACAACUUGGUGGAACUUGUUCAUCACUUCUUCUCUGAAACCAGAGACGCAGGAAUCUGCAAGUUUGAUCAGUUCCAGGUUCUGUUCAUCUUUGACGGUCUGGAUGAGUGUCGACUUCCUCUGAAAUUCCACAACACUAAGGUCCUGACUGAUGUCACAGAGUCCACCUCAGUGGAUCGGCUGCUGACAAACCUCAUCAGGGGGAAGCUGCUUCCCUCUGCUCGCCUCUGGAUAACCACACGACCUGCAGCAGCCAAUCAGAUCACUGAGUUUGUGGACAUGGUGACAGAGGUCCGAGGGUUCACUGACCCACAGAAGGAGGAGUACUUCAGGAAGAGAUUCAGAGAUCAGGAGCAGGCCGGCACCAUCAUCUCCCACAUCAAGACCUCACGAAGCCUCCACAUCAUGUGCCACAUCCCAGUCUUCUGCUGGAUCUCUGCUUCAGUUCUGGAGGACAUGUUGAAAACUGAGGGAGGAGAGCUGCCCAAGACCCUGACUGAGAUGUACAUCCACUUCCUGGUGGUUCAGUCCAAAGUGAACGUCAAGUAUGAUGAAGGAGCUGAGACGGAUCCACACUGGAGUCCAGAGAGCAGGAAGAAGAUGAUGGAGUCUCUGGGAAAACUGGCUUUUGAGCAGCUGCAGAAAGGCAACCUGAUCUUCUAUGAGUCCGACCUGACAGAGUGUGGCAUCGAUAUCACAGCAGCCUCAGUGUACUCAGGAGUGUUCACACAGGUCUUUAAAGAGGUGAGAGGAACGUACAAGAACACAGUGUUCUGCUUCGUCCAUCUGAGCGUUCAGGAGUUUCUGGCUGCUCUUCAUGUCCAUCUGACCAUCAUCAACUCUGGAGUCAACCUCAUGGCCCCCUGGUGGUCUAAAGCCUUCAGACAAAAACCUAAACAUCUCUACCAGAAUGCUGUGCACAAGGCCUUACAGAGUCCAAACGGACACCUGGACUUGUUCCUCCGCUUCCUCCUGGGUCUUUCAAUGGAGACCAAUCAGACCUUAUUACACGACCUGCUGACACAGGCAGUAAGUGGCUCACAGACCAACCAGAAAACAGUGAAAUACAUCAAGGAAAAGAUAAGAAAGAACCCGUCUCCGGAGAAAAGCAUCAACCUGUUCCACUGUCUGAAUGAACUGAAUGAUCGUUCUCUAGUGGAGGAGAUCCAACAGUCCCUGAGUUCAGGAAGUCUCUCCACAGAGGAUCUGUCUCCUGCUCAGUGGUCAGCUCUGGUCUUCAUCUUAUUGUCAUCAAAAGAAGAUCUGGAUGUGUUUGACCUGAAGAAAUACUCUGCUUCAGAGGAGGCUCUUCUGAGGCUGCUGCCAGUGGUCAAAGCCUUCAGGAAAGCUCUGCUGAGUGGCUGUAACCUGUCAGAGAGAAGCUGUGAAGCUCUGUCCUCAGUCCUCAGCUCCCAGUCCUCUAGUCUGAGAGAUCUGGACCUGAGUAACAACGACCUGCCGGAUUCAGGUGUGAAGCUGCUGUCUGGUGGACUGGAGGGUCAACACUGUACUCUGGAGACUCUCAGGUUAACUGGCUGCAACCUGUCAGAGAGAAGCUGUGAAGCUCUGUCCUCAGUCCUCAGCUCCCAGUCCUCUAGUCUGAGAGAUCUGGACCUGAGUAACAACGACCUGCAGGAUUCAGGAGUGAAGCUGCUGUCUGGUGGACUGGAGGGUCAACACUGUACUCUGGAGACUCUCAGGUUAACUGGCUGCAACCUGUCGGAGAGAAGCUGUGAAGAUCUUUCCUCAGUCCUCAGCUCCCAGUCCUCUCGUCUGAGAGAUCUGGACCUGAGUAACAACGACCUGCAGGAUUCAGGAGUGAAGCUGCUGUCUGCUGGACUGGAGAGUCCACACUGUGAACUGGAGACUCUCAGUCUGUCAGGCUGUCUGGUCACAGAGGAAGGCUGUGUUUCUCUGGCUUCAGCUCUGAGAUCCAACCACUCCCAUCUGAGAGAGCUGGACCUGAGCUACAAUCAUCCAGGAGACUCAGGAGAGAAGCUGCUUUCUGCUGGACUGGAGGAUCCACUCUGGAGACUGGACACUCUCAGGCUGGACCAUGGUGGAGAGCAGUGGUUGAGACCAGGUGUGAGGAAGUAUCCCUGUGAACUCACCCUGGACUCAAACACAGCACACAGAAAACUCAAACUGUCUGAGGACAACAGGACGGUGACACGUGUGAGAGAGGAGGAGCAGCAGCCAUAUCCUGAUCAUCCAGAGAGGUUUGAGCGCUGGCCUCAGCUGAUGUGCAGAGAAGCUCUGACUGGUCGCUGUUACUGGGAGGUCGAGUGGAGAGGAGAGGUUUUUAUAGCAGUGACUUACAGAGGAAUCAGGAGGAAAGGAGGGGGAUGUUGGUUUGGAAAGAAUGAUCAGUCCUGGAGUCUGAUCUGCUCUGAUGAAGCUUACUCUGUCUAUCACAAUAAGAGUGAAACACACAUCUACUCCUCCUCCUACCCCUCCUCCUCUCGUAGAGUAGCAGUGUAUCUGGAUCAUGCUGCUGGCUCUCUCUCCUUCUACAGCGUCUCCUCCUCCUCACUGAUCCUCCUCCACACCUUCAGAGCCAGAUUCACUGAACCUCUCUACGCUGGGUUUCUGGUCUGGUCAGAGGACUCCUCCUUAGUGUGCUCAGUGUCUCUGUGUCCUCUGUAGGAGGAGUCCACUUCCUGUCCUGGGUCAUAUGGUGUUUUAAAUGGAGGCUUCUCAUUGGUUACCUUGUGUCUCACUGAUUGUGUCUGUAAUAAAGUUUUCUUGAAGCAACGUAUUAAAGCUGAUCCUGAAGACUGUAGUGAUCGAUACGUUCAAUAAAGAUUUAGAACAAG